CACAGCUGCUAUUUAAACAUGAGAUUAGGUUCUCAUAAUGUUUGCAUUCAUUAAUACAUAAAAUAUGUAUUUGUAGAUAAAACAACGUGGUAUUAAUUCGUGGUUUUUCGCGUUGAUAUUCAAAAUGAGGAGUUUUUUGUGGAUUACUGCGUUGGCAUUGGUAUUAUCGAUCCAUUUGUCUGCAUCGACGAAAGAUCGACUUUUACUGACAGAAAUACCCAUCUACAUUUACUAUGGAUUGCUAGACAUGUCGGUAAAAAUUUACCAUAUUUUAUCGGAAAACAAUCCCGAUGACAGAAACAUCGUAUUUUCACCAUAUGGCCUUUACACAUUUAUGGCACUUCUUCAUUUGAGCAGCGAAGGCAAUAUGACUACAACACUUCACCGUAUGUUACAAAUGCCUCACCUGGAAACAAGACACAAAACGACGGAUGUUUAUCAACAAUUGCACAAUUAUUUGGUGGAUUUACGAAAUCAUAUGAACUACAAUGUGAGCUUCCAGAAUGGCACCGUAAAAAAUGUGAAAACAUCUGAUUUUAGAUUAAUCAACGAAAUUUACGUUCCAUACUUCAUGGAGCGGAAAGAAAGUUUCCUUAAAAGUGCUCAUCAGUAUUUCAAUUCCAGUGGACAAAGCGAGCUUUAUUUCAGACAGGGAAUCGAUGCUCGUAACGAAAAUCGUACUAUCGAAAGGUUCAAUGAACACAUGGUAUAUAAAAUACACCAAUUAUUCGACUGGCAGGAUCCACAUGGGAAAUUGUUCCAUCCAUUAGUAUUUAGUUCUGGUGCAUAUUUCAAAAUGGCCUGGCAACAAAAAUUCAAUAAAUCGUUAACCAAGAAAGAAAAAUUCAAAAGACCUUUACUCUGGCGCCAAUCUUACUUCGGCCAUCACGACGUCUUCGAUUACGCCGUCUACGAUUACAAAUACAUGACUGUAGACAUGAUGCACGGAGUUGUCCGAGGGCAGUACGCCGAACUAGAAGUAUCUCGUAGCAUCGGACCCAUAGCUUCAGUCUUCGGUUUGAAAUCCAUCGACGAGCAAUUCACCAUGUUCAUCGUACUACCUUAUGAAAAUACAUCUCUCGCCGAUUUCGGACAUAACGAGAAUCCCAUGGCGAUGGAGAAACUUCUAGAUGAGAGAGAAAUGGAGUACGAGGAAUGCGAAGUAGACGUUAAACUGCCUAAAUUUUAUUUCAAGUGGUCUAAAUCUAUCGUAGAAGAUCUCGACAAACUCGGAUUCAGUAAAUACUUCAUGACAUCUCGUCAGACUACCGGAAUGCUGAAGUAUAGUAAUAUCGAAAUUAAAGAUAUUUAUCAUACAGCUGAAAUAAAAAUCGACGAAGAUGGUAUCGGAGAUAACAUCGGUGUAGAUAUCCCUUAUUCGACCGAUAAGAGUCAGUCGGGAAAUUCUACCCUGCCAAAAAAACAAUUUCAUGUGAACAGGUCGUUCUUUUUUUACGUUUACAGUCAUGCUAUUAAAUCGAUGAUGCUUAUUGGUACUGUGUUUGAUGUUGGGGAUCACGUGUGCUCUUCAGACUAUAAAAAGAAUAGGACGAAUUAUUGUACAUUUUCGUAAGAAUUUUCCUACUUGUAUUUUGUAAAUAAAUAGUGAUCGAGAGUCUUUUAAUAAA